AUGUCAUCCGUCAUGCAUUACUAUCCAGUGCACCAGCCAAAGAUGAACGCUUUCCCAGCACCCGUGGUUAAGUACAGCGAUUUAAUCUACAACCAUCAUCACAGUGCACCACAAUCCUUGCCACAAUCCCAGCAACCACUUCCAGUUGCCACACUGCCCACCUAUCAGCAUUCGAUGGCGCCUACUGUGCUACCCAUGUCCAUUGCUGAACAGCCUGGCCAGCAGCUGUCCUCCGACGAGAAUAUGCCACUUCAGCCAGCCCAGGAGCAGCGUGUCAAGUUGAAGCGUUCUCGUACCGCAUUCACUAGCGUCCAGCUGGUGGAGUUGGAGCAUGAGUUCAAGACCAACAUGUAUCUGUAUAGAACACGUCGCAUUGAGAUUGCUCAGCGACUGUCGCUGUGUGAGCGUCAGGUGAAGAUCUGGUUCCAGAAUCGACGCAUGAAGUUCAAGAAGGACAUUCAAGGACACCGUCAACGCGAUGCCAAACCCAAUGCAAAGUUGACACAGCCACAAACUGAACAAAGUGCUCAUCGCGGCAUCGUGCAGCGUCUGAUGUCCUAUUCUCAGGAUCCGACUGCAGAGAAACGUUCAGCCCCAGCUGCCGCAGCAGCAACAACUGUUGCUCCCGCUCAAUCGAAUGCUGCUCCAAUGCCAGUGACCAUGCCAAUGGCUAAUCCAAACUACUAUGGCCAACUUAACCCCAAACCGAAGCCACAAACUAUGCCCAGCAGCUCGGCGGAUCUCAGUGAAAUUCUUGAACAUCUCGCCCAGACAACAACAGCUCCAACGAGCAACGCUUUGCCAGCGAGCAACGCUUCAUCCGGACACUAUUCAUACAAUGUGGAUCUGGUGCUGCAGAGCAUCAAGCAGGAGCUGGAGGAAGCUGCUCAGGCCUGGUCCAAGUCCAACUCAGCUGGGCUCAACACUCAGACCACACAUUCUAAUGAACAGAGUGUCAUGCAUCCCAGCUCAUCCAUUUCGAUGAAUCUACAGUGGGGUGAACCCGUGGCCAAGUCCAGGAAACUGAGCGUUUCUCACAUGAAUCCUUGCUCUGCUUUUGACUACCACAAUUGA